AUGGGAGCUAAACAAUCACUUGAAACACCCAUAAUAAUUUAUAACGAGCCUAAUAUUAGAUUUUCUCAUGGUCUAGUUGAUCAAUUACAACUCGAGAAGGAACGAAUGAAAAAUGCCAAAAAUGAAUCAACCUACCCUUCAGAUAUUCCACCUGUUGGUGGCCAAGUACUUCCUGAAGAAUUAGAAAAUAUAAUUAAAGUGCGUGUAGAGAAUGAAUUAAGACGAAUUCGUGAAAGAGAGGAUGAAGUUGCAAAACGUGCUCAAGAGGAACUUUUUAAACAAAGAGCUAUACUUGGAGAUAGUGGUGCUAAUGCUGUCGCUACUGAACUGGAUACAAAUGAAUUGAUUGAUAGAAUUCAAAGGAAGUAUGAAAAUAAAGUUUCAUCCGAAGUAAUCGAACAACAACGAGCUGUCAUUUCUUGUUAUCAAAAUAAUAGUUCACGAACUCUUGAUUGUUGGGAGGAAGUACAAAAAUUCAAACGCGUUACUCAAGAGGCCAUUCAAGAAUUUGUUACUUCACAUCAAUAA